UCGAAAAUGCAUUAUAAACAUCUAUCCUACUGACCAUCCUAGCUUAGUAACACAACACAGUACAGAGCAUGAACUUUUCAUCCUCACUAUUGCCCAGGGGAAAAGUGGCCACAGCUAAAUGCUGCUGCCCAGCAUCACAUGAAAAUAUUGCAUUGCAUAUUGCUAGCAAUAUAAGGAAAAGAUCAAAAUUCAAAGUAUGGCUUCUACUGAAUGCAUAUCACUGCCAUGCCAUCAUAAAAAUGGAAAAAUCUGAACCAUCAGUAAGUCAGGGACCGAUUUGAUUUACCUGGGAAAGGAGGCAUGCUUGCUGAGGAGCACAGGUGCUAAGAAAUGGAGGUAAGUAGAGACUGAUGGCAAUUGCUUCUUCCCAUUGUGCAUUACCAUGUUACUGGUUGUUGUGAUUCAUGCUGACCACUGCAAUUGUACUGUGUCAAGGAGAGUUGGAGAGAAAGAAGAGGGAGGAUGCCAGCUUGCAUUGCUUGUAGAUCUCUGAAGGCAUAGACGCCAUGAGUCCCUCCACCUUGUUAAUAUAGCAUCAUGCAUGUCAAGUGCUUGGCAUAGUGCCUGGCCCAUGAGAAAGUGCUCAAGAAAUGGUGACCACCAUCCACACUGAUACCUACUACAAAGAGCCUGAAAAGGAACAGUGGCAAAAUCAGCAAAUCCUUCUCUUCACUGAGGAGGCAACACUGAGCUUGAUCUUAAGAGCAGAGCAUGUUGUUUUGUCCAAAAUCAAAACUGCACAUCCACAGAGGAGAGAUAGCCAAGAUUAUUCGAGAAUGUCAAGAAGAAAGUUUCUGGAAGAGAGCUCUGCCUUUCUCUCUUGUAAGCAUGCUUGUCACCCAGGGACUAGUCCACCAAGGUUACUUAGCAGCUAACCCAAGACUUGGAUCAUUGCCUAAACUUGCACUUGCUGGCAUCUUAGGAUUUGGCCUUGGAAAGGCUUCAUACAUAGGAGUAUGCCAGAGUAAAUUCCAUUCUUUUGAAGAUCAGCUGCGUGGAGCUGGUUUUGGUCCAGAGCAUAACAGGCAUUGCCUGCUUACCUGCGAGGAAUGCAAAAUAAGGCAUGGAUUAAGUGAAAAGGGAGAUUCACAGCCUUCGGCUUCCUAAACUGUCUAUGGCUUUUGAGUUUUCUAAACCUCUGAAUUUAUACACAUUUAAAAUUUCAAGAGUACUUUAAAAUAAUAUACUUCUUUUGAUUCUCUUGCUCUUUUGAAAUGCUUUCUGUGGAAGGCUCUCACCUGAAUUGAGCAUGACAUAUUUUUCUGCUAAGAACAUGUUGAGAGCCCUCACAUACCAAACAAACACACAAUAACAGCAGCAGAUGAUAUUGCACCCUGCCUGGCUUACAGCUGAGUAAAGGAAUUGAGUCUUCUCUGA